GUGCACAAAUUAUCCUUGCUCGAAAUGUUGCUGAAGAUUGGACAAUAGCAGGAGGAUGCCCAACUAAUGCAAUACCAGUUGCACCAAAUGCUGGAGGAGCAAAAAUUCAGAAAUAUGGUGAUCAACUGGGUUAUACUCCAGCACAGAAGAAAACCCAUUUCUUAUCUGGAGUUAGACCUGAUAUUAGCUAUGAAAUUUAUAGAAUUGGUCAAACAAAACCUAUUAAUGAUAUUAUUGAUAGUUUGGCAGAACUUGAAUUAUGUUAUGGAAUAUUACAACAGGCACCAUCUCAACCUCGCCAUGCACCUAUUGCUUCUGCUAUUCCAGAUGUUAUAUCUCAACAACCAGCAUUUCCCAUGGCUGAUAUGCAAAAAAUGAUUCAAGAUGCAUUUGCAAAACAGCAAGCUGAAUCUAAAGCUGAGAUAGAAAAAUUAAAGGCUAAACUUCAAGCACAAUAA